GGAUUGUGACGAGGGAUUUAGUCCUCGUAGGCCGUGUUCACUUUGUUCAGGGAGUGUCAGUGUGCCUGAGGGACAGACAUGAAGGAUUCACAGCUCCAAGCCAUCAAACGACGCCUAUGGCCGAAGCAGAAAGAUGGCAGAAAAUCAAAAGGCGAGGCUACAGCGGAGGAGAAAUCAGGCUGCAGGCCGGCGGCCUGCGCUCUCCCAAGCGCCGUCCUUCGGCUGACCGAAACGGAGAGGAUGAGGCAGUCGCCCUUCGACAGGGUCGUCUACGACAUGGCCCACAGCGAGAGGAUCGUCAACGACCUGAUGCUCGGGCGAAGGGUCGGCUUCUACGAGCUGCGGGGAGAGAUCGGGCAGGGGAAUUUCUCCACGGUCAGGCUGGGCAUCCAUGCCUUGACCAAAGAGAGAGUCGCCAUCAAGAUAAUGGAUAAGCUGGACGAGAGGCUCCAGCCAAUGACGAACUCAGAGAUCAGCUGCAUGGAGAAGCUGUGCCACCCCAACGUGGUGCGUCUGUACGAGGUGAUGGAGACCAGCAGGAAGCUGUAUCUGGUGAUGGAGUACGGCAGCAGUGGGGACCUGUUCUCCCGGGUCACCAGCAGGGGGAGGCUCAACGACCUGGACGCCAGGCUGGUGUUCGCGCAGGUCGUCUCUGCUGUUAAACACAUGCACGACAACAACAUUGUCCACAGAGACCUCAAGGCGGAAAACAUCUUCUACACCACCAGCUACUGCAUCAAGGUCGGAGACUUCGGCUUCAGCGCCGAGAAGGGCCCCAACGAUCUCCUCACCAGCUUCUGCGGCUCACCGCCGUACGCCGCCCCCGAGCUGUUCCGGGACAGAGGUUACGCCGGCCGCCACUCGGACACGUGGGCCUUGGGCGUCCUCCUGUACUUCAUGGUGACGGGCACCAUGCCCUUCCGCGGGGACAAACUGGGGCGGUUGAAGCGCUCCAUCCUGCGGGGGGCCUACGCCGUGCCCGCCCACGUGCCCGCCCCGUGCCAGCUGGUGAUCGAGGGCCUGCUGCGCCCGGCGCCCGCCGACCGCUCGCCCCUCGCGCAGGUCGCGUCCGGCCCCUGGCUGGAGGGGGUCGAGUGCCCCCGUCCGUACGCCUCGCUGCCCCUGUCCCCGGCGCACUUCGCCCAGGCCGACCGGGCGCUGUGCGCGCAGGAGCAGGAGGUGAAGGCUCUGCUGAGGGACCUGGGCAUUACGACGGGCCACUUCCAGAACAAUCCCUGCCAGAACGGCCGGAGCCCGCUGACGGGGACGUACCGGAUCCUCCUCCACCGGGUCCAGAAGAGGAGGACGGCCGAGGCGUUGGGUUACUCGGUGCUUCACCCCGAUGACUACGGGAGCCCCAGGAGGUGGACCGUAGACGCGGACGACCCCUCGGCUGUCUGCGUUGUUCUGUAAAGAGAAAUAACAAGAAAUCUAAAGUUCUGCUUUGGUCCAACACGUGGGCCCGCGCUCCAUUGAGCCUCCGUUAAUUUGUGAGGCGUUAUGUUACAUGUUGAGCAAUGCUCAGGUUGCGCAAUGCUUGAGCGGAAUGGCAAACACAUGGAGGUUUCGAGGUCUGAGUCGGACGCUUCUUCCGUCCCGCAUAGUAAGUCAAUUAUAACUUUUGGACAAAGGCACCUCUCUUAAGUAACUAUGAGUAGUUGCAUCACCAGUAAAAAGCUUAAUGAUGCACGACAUUCAUCAAACGCCGCAUGGCCACCGGCAUCUUUGAAAACCCUCUUAGUCAGUGCAUAGUUCUACUGAACUAAUCCAAGGCUGCAAGUAAUCCCAAUACGAUAGACAUCAAGAAUCUGCUACAGAAAUGAAACCUGAGACAAUGGAAUAACAUCCUGGGAAAAAGUUACUCACGGCCAAUAACAAAAACCUGACGGUGUUAAACAUAAACAAAUGCCUAAAACGCCUUAAAUAAGAAGGAAAUUUAUUUAAAAUGUUUUUUGAACACACAUAAUGUUCUACGUUUUGCACACUUUUUAAUAUGGUUUCAUUUGUAUUAAGAAGUGUGUUUGCCCAUGUUUUAAUGAAAUAAUAAAUGAG